GUGGCGGCAUGUACCUAUAAUCUUGGUUUGUGGCCCGCCAUUAAAACUAAAGAAAAAGAAGGUGGCUGUAAUGUCACGUAUAAUAUUACAUCCAUGGGAAAAGAGGUAAUACACUUGUUUGCCAACCGCCAUAGAACAACAACGUCAAGGAAAGGGUUCAAACUGACGCGGAUGGAACCAGUGCUGUGUCCUAGCUGUUGGUUAACGUUACUAUUAGCAUCGUGUAUCAUUAUACACACAUCCAUGCUAAACAAUGCGCGACGCGGCCGGCAAAGCAGACCAAAUAAAUUCAACUUUAAAGGAGAUAUGUUUCCAAGCUGUCAGGGAACACCUUGCGGCUCUGGGCAUGGAAGCUGUUCUUGAUCUUCCAAUGCCUCUCAUUAAGGAUCUUCUUACUCAUCUGACAGUAUGUCAGCUGGAUGAGCUCCAGCCUGCCCUAAACCAGAGAGGGAUAUCUACUCUUUCUGGGUGGAUUGGAGUCCUACGAGAUAUGUGUGGACUUAACCAUGUAAUAGACUUCCACACAGAAGAAGAGGCCAAACACGAAGUUAUGAGAAUGCUUUUUACUCUUGUAUUCUAUGGCUUCACAAACCGAUUUGUCCAAAAAAACAUUACAAAUUUAAACACUCCAUCCUUCCUGUUGGCUGCAGUUAAAUGUAUCAAACAUUUUCUACUCACUACGCCAGUUGAAAGUUUAACUGCUGAGCGACGGCCUCUUCUGAACCUCUUAGAGAAGGGUAUUAGGAGUGUUGGUGUAUCGCAGUGCAUUGAUCUAUCAAAGAGGAAGACACAAACUGCAUUGUACGUCCUCCAUCGCCUGCUUGACCACGGGGUGGCUAAAAAGAUUGUCGUAGAUGUGCAAUGUCCCAUAGUGCUGGCCUGGAUCCUACAUGGCAGGGGAUCUCAAUAUGUUAACCUAGAGCUGAAGAACCUAAUGCACAGCAAAAAGGCAAGCUGUAUUUUACAAGCCACUUCAGCAAGUGCAGACAGAGCCAGUUGCAGUUCAGAUCUCAAUACUAGGGCUUCAGAGGAUCAGGAUGAUCAAGUCACUCCCUGCAAACGCUCAAAGUUGGAUUCUGUGUCUAUGGAGGAGCAGGAAUCUGGAAAAGCAAACUUUAAUGUGGACCCGCAGGUUCUCUGUCAAAUCUUCACUGCGUGUGAAGGUCCCUCUGCAGGGGCUUGUCCAUGGGGACAGAUCGAUUGUCUGGAGAUCAGGCAGUGUGGGUCCGACUCCCUCAAAGUGCUGAACUCUGCCCUGCCCACAUUUUUCUGCCUUCGCUCUCUAACUCUUCAAAGCUUUUCGACAUUCAGGGACACGGAUGUGUUGAGCCUGGCCAAAGCCCUGAAGCAGCUGACGGAGAGCUCCCGCAGCUCUCUCACUGACCUGAGCAUCAGUGUCCUGCCGUACACCGGGCUCGUGGAGUUCCUGCUGGACGCAAACCCCAACUUGAUAUUCCUGCAUGUGGAGAUCCAGACUGUGAUGCGGGGAUCACGCUUCUUACUACAAUAUCCCAGGGCUGAGGAUUCAGACAUGCCAGCAGAGCUGCCCCUGGAGAAGCUGUCACUCAAAGUAGCUGAGCUCCACCAAAGAGAUCUGCAUUUCAUCGCAUAUGUGCUGAAACACUCUCCACAGCUCACCUCACUUCACGUAGCUGGGAUGAGAUUGCCAACUGGCUCCUCUCAAAGCCAACUCCUCACCACUCUCUCAGAGUCAAACCACCUCUUGAAGAGUCUCACCUUGGAGGACAUGAAGCUGUCUGAUUGUCUCCCCGAGAUUCUAAAAAUACUGACGGACUGCAAGUUGGAAGAACUACAGUUGAAUGACUGCCGCCUUCUUGAGAAGUGGAGCGACAAGGAGGAGAAUUUGCAUCAGCUGGUGUCUGCUCUGAAGAAGGUGCCUUCUCUCCACACACUCAGCCUGGCUCAGAAUCGGCUCGCCAAGAAUGUGUGUGUGCUGGCAGAGCUGUUCUCAGGAUCCAGCUCAGUGAAACGACUCAACAUCAGCUCCAACUUCAUUCAGCCUGCUGAGCUGCUGGAGUUCGCCAAGAGAGUGAGGACACACCAUCCACCGCAGCGAUUUGACCUUGACCUCAGGAAAAACCCAGGGGACCGAGACCCCGACACAUGGAACACUGCACUGCAGAGGCUUCGUCCGUUCUGUGUUCUACUGGUUGAAGGAUGGAAUUCCUCUGACACAAUGGCAGACUACAUUAGCAAUAUGUGAACAAAGCUUAGCUUACAAAGGAGUUAUAGGUGGCUGUAAAAAGCACUUUGUUUGUCAGAGGAGUGACUGGUCAGUUUGACUUCACACAGUUGCAGAAUCCAAUGACAGCUUUUUAUUCAGUUUUUAGGAUUCUGUUGAACUUAUUGAACCACCCCUGCAGCAUGAGUCACUUCUCCACUCUCCAUUUGAUGCAAGUCACACUCAUGUUUUCACCAUGUCUAUAUACACAUCAGUGUGUGUGUGUGACACAUUUAACAAGUUCUGUUAAAUAAAAGCAACCCGUGAGUUUGACAUUUGAAUCAUUUAUUAAACCAGCGUCCGUUGCACUUCCAGAGUCUUCCAUCGGACAGAGUGUGAGUGACAGUGGACAUUAAGAUACAACUGAAAAACCUGGAGGAUUGAUGUCGAGGUGAAGAGAAGUUUCACAGCAGCUAUCUCACACCUUCCCCUCAUUGUCAUUUUCUUUACAUUAGACAAACAGCAUCGACACUGACUACCAAAUCAUCAUUAGUAGGAACCAAGUAGAAAAAACAAUCAGAAAAACGGAUUAAAAGAGCUUAAUCUUUUUCUUAGUGGACUUUUAAAGCUAAAUACUGUAACACUUAUUUUCUGUAAAUUCAGUUUAAUUUUCUUGUAUAUUCUCAUAUUUUAGUAAAUUCAAGUCAAAGAGAGUGAAGACCCUAUGUCUGCAUGCUAAUCAGUUGAUUUGCUGGGUCUAUCUACAACCAUCUCUUACAUAAAACAAACACACACCUCUUUCACACUCGCGCACACUGCAUGUCAGGCUUUACGUUUACUGUCAUUUUACCAGAAAUAAAAUUUAAACAUUUUGGCUAUAUUCAUACCUCGUAAAGAAGUCAGUUGUCAAAUGAGUUUGUUUGUUCUGAUUAUUUCUUUUCUUAUGAGUGUCUAAAUAAAAUUUGUACCCUCUUCCAAUUUUGAUUGG